UUUCCUUCACAGCUGUAGCAUCAUGAAUCUGUGGCUCAGCACUCAUUUCCUGGUCGCGGGGCUGUUUCUGAGCAGCUGGGCUCUGACACCUGAGGAAUGCCGGCCUCUAAUCACGCCUUUGUCUAUGACGCCCUCCAUGAUAUACGGCAAGUCACACUUCCUCUUUGGUUACACUGAUAAUGAAGUUUACAACGGCUUCAUGAAGAACAUCGAGAGCUACUGGAAUAAUGUCAUCCCGUCAACAUUCGGCCCAAAUGCACUUAAUGUGUCUACGGAGAACAAGUUAAAUGGAACCUGCCUGUCUUUAAACAUGAACGCAACCGUUGAAGACAAUACUCUAAUAAUGAAAUUCGACAACUUCACAUCCCUGAACCACAUGUUGCCGACCUGUGACGGCUGUCUGCUCUAUAGCUUCAACCGCACCUUCAGAAACAUGGACAAUAUGUACCAUAGGAUGAGACUCGCCGCUUACGCUACAUCGGAGGAGCACAUCAUGAGUGGUCUUCAUCUGUUUGCAAGAGGAACAACCUUGAAGGACUCUGAGCUGGAACAUUUCAGGAAGCAGGCGAGCUGCCUCGGCUUCAACAGAGAACCAGACUUUAUCUACGACCCCAAGAACGAUUUCUGUGCUGAAGGCGAGGGGCUGAAGAUACACAAAAAUGUCUCUGGCAAUGAUGUGAAGAUGAUCGAUGAAGAGCAAAAGUCAUUAGAUAUGUCAAUCUGUUAUUGA